CCACUGCUUUCAAUUUCAUUCGGAAAAACUUGCUUAGACUUUUCUCCUACACAGUACACAGUGUUCACAGCAAAAGCACGAGAAAGCUUGCGAAAUUUUCAACUCCUUCUUCUAUUCGCAAACACUGAAUUCCCAUUUCCAUUUCCAUUCAAUUACUACCAUUAUUUUCCUCUCAUCAAAUUGCUUUAUCGUUUCACAAUUCUCCCUAUCACUGUUAACACUUUCCUCUCGUUUCGCACCAAACAACACGCUUCCCAGUUUCCUCCAAUUCUAGGGCAACUUUUUCGGAAGCCAACUCCCAUUGCAGAUUAAACGCGCUUCGCGUGCUGCGAUCCUCCCUGUGAUGGGACCCAGGGCAUGAAUUGGCCGCCGGGAAGAAGCUACCAUUCAAAAUGUUCUUCUCCGGCGAUCCUUCUACGCGGAAGCGCGUCGAUUUGGGAGGUCGCAGUUCGAAGGAAAGGGACCGGAAGAACCUUCUGGAACAGACGCGAGUUGAACGCAACCGCCGAUUGUGGCUGCGCCAGCAGAACUCUGCUGCACUCAAAAUUCAGAAAUGCUUCAGAGGGCGAAAAGCUGUCAGAACUGAACAGUCUUUGUUGCGAGAGCAGUUCUAUAAAGCCUAUGGGAAGUAUUGCCAGAAUGUGGACAGGAAUUCUUUUGGUCCAGAUUCUGAUUUCCUCUGUCAGUUCCUCUAUUUCUUUAAGGCAGACAAUAUUGAUGACUUUUUAAUUCUUGUUCAAAUAUGCCGGUUGCUUUGGUGGUUUGUUCAGGAUAAUGGGGAUGUUGUGAAACUUUUUGCAGGGGUGGAUUACUCUUCUACAUGUGCUUUGGCGAACUACCGAGUGAAACAAUUUACACAUGCUUGUAUUCAUGCACUGCAUCAAAAUAGAUAUCAGUUAAAAGAUCAGCUUCUAUUGACUCCUGAGGAAUUGAAUGUGUCAGCUAUUCCUUUAUUGGAGGUUUUAGUAUUGUUAAUUAAUCGCAAAUUGCCAUGGAGCUGUAGGAUAGUAGAAUAUCUUUUUCAAAACAAUGCAGUCGGCCUACUCAGAGAGAUCAUUCUCACAGGAAAGGAUAAUGCAGAAAAUUAUUUUUCCAUCGGCAAGGGAUCAUCAUUAGAGCGUGUGCUUACAGCUGUAAUAUGUCAUGUUGGUCAAAGGCCAUGUAUCUGUUCAAAUAUUAAUCCAAGAAAUAGCCUUGCAUCACAGAUCAUCACAAUUCCUUUCUUGUGGCAUCUUUUCCCAAAUUUACAACAGAUUUUUGCAGCAGAGGACCUGAGCCAAUGUUACAUUCAUCAAAUGGCAAAAUUUGGGCAAAACCUGAUCAAUUUGCUACCUAAGGAUAUAUCAAAUGAAUUUCCUAGCUAUGCGUGUAUGCUUGGAAAUAUAUUAGAAAUUGCUGGAAUUGCUUUGUCUCAUCCUCACUGUUCAUUUGAUAUGGCCAUAGACCUUGCAGCUGUCACUACAUUUUUGCUGGAGGCACUCCCAUCUGUAAAAACUUCUCAUAGUAGAGAAAGUUCUAUGAUUGCUGAGGAUGAUAUGACUGGAGAUGAUGAAGUCAUGGAAAUAGCUUUGGAUAGGAAAUUGGAGCAGCAAAUUUAUUAUGCCAUAAAUCCUCGCAUCCUUCUGCAACUGACAAAUAUAUUAUUUAAAGGGAUUUCAUCUGUCAAUGGUUCAGAUUAUGGACCCAAUGAUAGAGAUGCUACAGCUCUUGAUGCGAUUUGUGGGUUUUUGUAUGUUACCUUCAACAAGCUGCCACUUGAACGGAUCAUGACUGUACUUGCUUACAGAACUGAACUUGUUCCAUCGCUUUGGAAUUUUAUGAAGCAGUGUCAUGAGAACCAAAAAUGGUCAUCAUACCUCUCAAAUGAUGCACCUGGUUGGCUGUUACCUCUGGCUGUAUUUUGUCCUGUCUACAAGCACAUGCUUAUGAUUGUUGAUAAUGAAGAAUUUUAUGAGCAGGAGAAACCGCUAUCACUGAAGGAUAUUAGAAGCCUCAUCAUUAUAUUGAGACAGGUUCUGUGGCAGCUACUGUGGGUGAAUCAUACCACAUCUGCUAAUUCGGUAAAAUCUGUUCCAGUUAGUUCAGCUAGUAAGGGGCAGUCUGUUCAGGCCAUACAAGACAGAGUUAGCAUUGUAGUCUAUGAGCUUCUCUCCCAGCUGCAAGAUUGGAACAAUAGGCGGCAGUUUACAUCCCCUAGUAACUUCCAUGCCGAUGGAGUGAAUGACCUAUUUAUCUCUCAGGCUGUAAUAGAAAAUGCACGAGCAAAUGAAAUUUUGAAACAGGCCCCAUUCUUGAUACCAUUUACAAGCAGGGUUAAAAUAUUAUCUUCUCAACUAGCUGCUGUUAGGCAAAGGCAUGGAUCUGAGGCUGUAUUUACUAGAAACCAGUUCAGAAUAAAACGAGAACGUAUUUUGGAAGACGCUUAUGAUCAAAUGAGCCAGUUGUCAGAAUUAAACCUUCAGGGAUUGAUUCGUGUGACUUUUGUCAAUGAAUUUGGAGUUGAAGAGCCUGGAAUUGAUGGAGGUGGAAUAUUCAAAGAUUUCAUGGAGAACAUCACACGUGCUGCCUUUGAUGUGCAGUAUGGAUUAUUUAAGGAGACAGCAGAUCACCUGCUUUAUCCUAAUCCUGGAUCUGGAAUGAUACAUGAACAACAUUUCCAAUUUUUCCACUUCCUUGGCACUCUUCUUGCAAAGGCCAUGUUUGAAGGGAUUCUGGUUGAUAUACCAUUUGCUACAUUCUUCUUGAGCAAAUUGAAACAAAAGCACAACUAUUUGAAUGACUUACCUUCCUUGGACCCAGAAUUAUAUCGUCAUCUCAUGUUUCUCAAGCAUUAUAAAGGUGACAUUUCGGAGUUGGAACUAUACUUUGUUAUAGUAAAUAAUGAAUAUGGAGAACAAACAGAGGAGGAAUUGCUUCCUGGAGGAAGGAACCUACGUGUCACUAAUGAGAAUGUCAUUACUUUUAUUCAUCUUGUAGCUAAUCACCGCCUGAAUUUUCAGAUACGCCAACAAAGUUCACAUUUCUUGAGGGGAUUUCAGCAACUUAUUCAGCAGGAUUGGAUAGAUAUGUUUAAUGAACAUGAACUUCAGCUUCUGAUAUCAGGUUCACUUGACAGCCUAGAUAUUGAUGAUCUGCGGCUGCACACCAACUAUGCAGGAGGCUAUCAGAGUGAGCAUCAUGUUAUUGAGACGUUUUGGGAAGUUCUCAAAGGCUUUUCAUUGGAAAACAGGAAGAAAUUUUUGAAGUUUGUGACAGGUUGCUCUCGUGGGCCAUUGCUUGGUUUCCGAUAUCUUGAACCUUUGUUUUGCAUACAAAGGGCUUCUAGUAAUGCAUCUGAUGAAUCACUUGACCGAUUGCCAACAUCGGCUACUUGUAUGAAUCUACUAAAGCUUCCGCCUUAUACAAGUAAGGAGCAAUUGGAAACCAAAUUACUGUAUGCCAUAAAUGCCGAUGCUGGCUUUGAUUUAAGUUAAAACGAGGCAGUGGAAUUUACGAUGCCUUUAGGUUUCAAGCUGGUAGAGAAUGACGAUCGCCAGUGGAUUCGGAAACGACAAAUAAUCGGAUGGAUACAACUGAAUAAAAUUAUCUCAUGUGCGAGUUUUUGUAUAUAUAUAUUCUUAUUCAAUCUUUAUUGUCAAUUUGUGUCUUUAUCUAAAUUUACAUAUCUAAAAUAUCAAUUAUUUUGUAAAGUUCACUCUGGCAGGGUUUUUUUCCAUGAUCAUUGAAACAAAAAUCCACAGGGUUGUUGUUAUUUUGCA